AUGGCCAAGAUGUCGGCGCAGGAGACUACCCCGGGGCACACCUUCUCUACUCGUGUCUUAAUGCUGUCAAUUACUUCGAAUCCUCUGACUGAGUUUACGUUAGGCCUCGCGUUCUUCUCCCCGGUGAAGCUCGAAGUAUCGUCUAGAAGGAGCGAUCCGUCGCAGCCCUGCAGAUUAAACGGUAAGAAUAGGGUCUUUCGGGACACGUACGAGUGAAAGCAGAGAAAUGGAAGACGAAGAACAACUGAUUACGUUGACAAAACAGUCGUGGAAGAACAGGCGGACCACCGACGCCCCUAAGCGCCUCUCACCAGCGAUCGCCGACCGCACAACAGGUUUCACGGUGCUAAAAAGGUUCGGGCAAGACGAAGAGUAG